CCGCCAGUGGCCAAUGGACUCGCGCGGCGGAGGGCGAAGGGCAGGCCGGCGCUGCCGUGGACGCUGGGGACGCUAGCUCGCUCCCUCCUUUUGACGCUAUCAAAUGAUGCUGUUUGGAAAAAUUUCCCGGCAGUUCUGUGGCUUAAAGAAACUCCCGAGGUCACGUGACUCCCGAUACUUCUGGGGCUGGUUGAAUGCAGUGUUUAAUAAAGUGGAUCAUGAACGCAUCCGGGAUGUUGGCCCUGACAGGGCAGCGUCCGAGUGGCUGCUGCGCUGUGGGGCUGUGGUGCGCUACCACGGCCAGGAGAGGUGGCAGAAGGACUACAACCACCUCCCGACAGGCCCUCUGGACAAAUACAAGAUUCAGGCAAUUGAUGCCACUGAUUCUUGUAUCAUGGGCAUUGGAUUUGAUCACAUGGAAGGCCUACAGCAUGUUGAAAAAAUAAGGCUAUGCAAGUGUCACUAUAUUGAGGAUGACUGUUUGGAGAGACUUAGUCAACUUGAAAAUUUACAAAAAAGCAUGUUGGAAAUGGAAAUAAUUUCAUGUGGGAAUAUCACAGACAAAGGUAUCAUUGCUUUGCAUCAUUUAAGAAAGCUCAAGUAUUUGUUUUUAAGUGAUCUUCCUGGUGUAAAAGAAAAAGAAAAAAUUGUCCAAGCCUUUAAAACGUCACUGCCUUCUCUGGAACUAAAAUUAGACUUGAAGUAAAAUAAUGAUAUUCAGUAAGUGUCUUAUUUCCAUAUAAAGUAUCAUGUGCAGUUGUUGAUCCUAAACAGCAACAAAUAUUACAGAACUAUAGAAUGUUAUACCACAACAUUCUAGCAGAGUCCAUCAUGUAGAAAGUAAACAUUCAGAUGUGAUUCACUAAAGUUACUAAGUUAGAAGUGAGAAUUUAGGUACAUUAAAUCAUUUUAAGAAAAAUGCAAACCAGGUACCAUUUUAAUUCUUAUAUAUUCCUUAUUUUAUAUCAAUCCUAUAUAAAUAUCUCUUUAUAUAGAUACUUAAGAGUUCUUUAAAAUGAUUUAAAUGUACAACACAGAUAUUAUUUUUAACAGUGAUUUGUUACAUUUUACUUUAAAGUUAUUGAAGCAUGUUACUAUAAAUAUACAAUUAUGAAAAAAACUGAAAGCUAAAUUUCAGACUCACUGAUGGAGUCAAUUAUGCAAAGUAGUCAGAGGUUGCUGGGGCAUUCAUCUUGCUUCCCAGGAUUUGCAUGCAUUUGUCAUGAUCCUGCAUUCCUGUGCUCUUUAUACCAUGCAUCCUUUCUCUGAAUGAACAGUUUCUGGCUAAUUUGUCUAUUUUGUAGGAUUAGUCUAGUGUCUUAUUAAAACUAGACAUAAAUACCUGGCUGGAUUUAAAUAGCUUUGCUGAUUGCAGUAGAACAGAGGAAACAAUGAUGAAGGCCAGCAGAGCUAUACUUACUUUCUGCUUAAAUUAAAAAACGGCUUCAAACAGAAAAAUAUAACAUGUCAAUUAGAAACUAAUUUGUAUUCCCUCAUAUAUGUUGGAUAGUACUUCCCAUGAGCUCAAGGGACAUCAUAAGAAGUACAAGCACAAAAUUCACUUUACAUCUAGAAAGCAGAGAUAAAGAAUAUCAUAGAUAGGUAUAAACAGAUCUUUAUUUUUACCUGCUUCAAAUGGUCCUGAUUCUAUUCUUGUUAGUUAUAUGCCAACUUGUUUGUGGAUUUCUGUAUGUUUGGUUUGAAUAUUAAUCUGUUGAAUAUAACCUUGACUGGAGAUAAUUUUAAAAUAAACACUUUCUGUGAUGCA